ACCCAAAUAAUAAUAAACAAAAAUGGGGGUUAAGGGGAAAACCCAAGUUUCGAAAAUUCAACGUUAUAAUCCAUCAAAAUAAUCCAACUUUCAGCAUUCCUACUUUUCUGGGGUUGACCCUUUCUUUUUUGGUAUUUAUCAUCUCUGACCCUGCAAUCCCCCUGAAGUUUUCUCUUCACUUUUCAGAGAUGGUUUUCUUAAAGGCUGUAAAGAGGGGGGAAAGGAGACAAGAAACUGACAAAGAAGUUGCAAUAAAGAGCAAUCUGAUGGAAACAUUUGUUAAACUAUGAGUGCGGAUUUAAAGAAAUCCUCUUCAAAUGGCUCUGAGAAGUCCCUAAUAAAUGAAGAGCAGCAGGCAAAGAUUUCGAUGUUUGCAGAUUAGUGAGAUAAGAAGGUUAAUAGGACCAUUGCCUGAGAAGUUGGCCAUUUAUUGUUCUGAUGCAGCCAUAGCAAGAUAUUUAAGGGCACGAAACUGGAAUGUCAAGAAGGCUACUAAAAUGCUGAAAGAAACCUUGAAAUGGAGAGCAGAAUACAAACCAGAAGAGAUUCGUUGGGAAGAGGUUGCUCAUGAAGCUGAGACGGGAAAGAUCUACAGAUCAAAUUAUAUAGAUAAGCAUGGAAGAACAGUUCUUGUUAUGAGACCUAGUUGCCAGAACUCAAAAUCAACAAAAGGACAGAUUAGGUAUUUGGUUUAUUGCAUGGAGAAUGCAAUUCUAAAUCUUCCAGCAGACCAAGAACAGAUGGUCUGGUUGAUUGACUUCAAUGGCUUCAAUUUGUCACAUAUAUCGCUGAAAGUGACACGGGAAACAGCACAUGUUUUACAGGAACAUUAUCCAGAGCGUCUAGGUGUAGCAAUAUUAUACAAUCCACCCAAGUUCUUCGAACCAUUCUGGACGGUGGCCAAACCAUUUCUGGAGCCCAAGACUCAAAACAAAGUAAAAUUUGUAUACACUGAUGAUCCCAAUACCAAGAAAAUAAUGGAGGAUCUUUUUGAAAUGGAGAAACUGGAGUCUGCCUUUGGUGGAAACGAUGACUCAGGUUUUGACAUCAACAAGUAUGCUGAGAGGAUGAGGGAAGAGGACAAGAGGAUACCCGCAUUUUGGACAAAAUCAGAAGCUCCGCCAGAGCCCAUGCCGACAUCUUCUGUUGAUUUGAAUUCUUUUGAUUCUGAUGCCUCUGACAGUGGCAAGGUAGAUGGUUCCGCAAGUCAUGUUUCAGAUUCAGAAAGCCUCAUUUCCGAUAAAAGUGUCUUGGUUACUAAGGGCAGUGAUAAUGGUAAUGGCUCCAAGGAAUUGCUUUACAGAUAGAGGAGACUCAAAACUUGAACCAUGUCUUGGCUGAGGCUAAUAAGGUACAAUGAUCUGACUGUAAGCGGCACUGUUUAACUGUUCUAGUUAGAAAUAUGAAGCCAAGGUAGAGAGCUCCCCUCAAUUGCAUCAUUAGCCUAUUACAACUUCCGUUUUGAAUGGAUCUCAUUGUUUGUCGUUCGGUUAAUUUGAUGUAUCCUUUUGAUAACAGCUUGUCUUGUUUUAUCAUUUCUCACUCUUUGAUUAAAAGUUUAUGCAACAUAGGUUAACCA